AGCCGCUUCCGCCUGUUUAUAGCCUCGCUCCCGGCAUCCUUUGCCCUCUUCUACCAGCUCGGUCCAACAUGGGACGCGUCAGAACAAAGACCGUGAAAAAGGCUGCGCGGGUCAUCAUUGAAAAGUACUACACCCGGCUAGGCAAUGACUUCCACUCAAACAAGCGUGUGUGUGAGGAGAUCGCCAUCAUCCCCAGCAAAAAGCUGCGCAACAAGAUUGCUGGAUAUGUUACCCACCUCAUGAAGCGCAUCCAGAGAGGCCCCGUCAGAGGCAUCUCCAUCAAACUGCAGGAGGAGGAAAGAGAGAGGAGGGAUAACUAUGUUCCUGAGGUAUCUGCCCUGGAUCAAGAGAUCAUUGAGGUUGACCCUGACACCAAGGAAAUGCUAAAGUUGCUGGACUUUGGCGGCUUGUCCAACCUGCAGGUGACCCAGCCCACCGUGGGGAUGAACUUCAAAACACCACGGGGGGGAGUUUAAUUGUUUGUAUCAUGAUUUCCAAUAAACGUGGGAAAACCACA